AUAACCCUGCUUUCCUGUGGCUUGGUUAAAAAAAAAUUGAAAACAAAAAUCAAAAUCAAUGAUAUUAGAGUAACUAUAAGGUUACACAUGAGUAAAUUAGAUAGCUUUAAAAUAAACUCAUAAGAUUUUUUAAACCGUACUUGUUUUAGUAGGCAGUACACAUUCAAGUGGGACAUAUUUCACAGCUUCUCAGGGCAGAUGCUGAGAACUCCCCUCCUGCUCCAGUCUCCCCUAGGAGGGGUGGUGUCCCUGGUUUCUUAUGUGUCUUUCAAGGGCUAGUUGACAUACCUAUGAGCAAAUUCAUCUAUAUUCUUCCCCUCCCCUUUUUAUUUCACGUGCACAAUAGAAUGGCAUUCAUGUCGUUACGUACUUCACUUUCGUCACUCAACAAUAUAACAGAGAUUAUUUACUAUCAGGAUGUGAAGAGCUUCCUUGAUUUUUAUGGCAAUGAUACUGCAGUGUGUACAGGCACUUUGAAUUUAUGGAACCAGUCCCCUCCUGAAGGACGUUCAAAUAAUGUCUAAGAAAGGCUACAGUUUGUCACCUCACUGAACUUCAUUACCCACAGAUGCAAGGGCAUCCAUCUCAGAUGAAUUCUUAGAAUGAGAUUUCUGAGUAAAAGGAAGAGCACUUCAGGAAUUCAGGAAUUACUGGAUGUUGCUAAACAAGACGUUCCUUUUGACUUCUGGAAGGCCACCCCCUUGGUGCUCAAGGCCACAGCUGGUUUACGUCUGUUACCAGGAGAAAAGGCUCAAAAGUUACUGCAAAAGGUGAAAGAAGUGUUUAAGGCAUCGCCCUUCCUUGUAGGAGAUGACUGUGUUUCCAUCAUGAACGGAACAGAUGAAGGCGUUUCAGCGUGGAUCACUGUCAACUUCCUAACAGGCAGUUUGAAAACCCCAGGAAGGAGCAGUGUGGGCAUGCUGGAUUUGGGCGGAGGAUCCACUCAGAUCACCUUCCUUCCAAGACUUGAGGAUACCCUCCAGACCUCCCCGCCUGGCUACCUGACGUCACUCCAGAUGUUUAAUCGGACCUACAAGCUCUAUUCUUACAGCUACCUGGGGCUCGGUUUGAUGUCGGCACGGCUGGCGAUUCUGGGUGGCAUGGAGGGGAAACCUGCUGAGGAUGGAAAGGAGUUGGUCAGCCCUUGUUUGUCUCCAGGUUUCACAGGAGAGUGGGAACAUGCUGAAGUAACAUACAGAAUUUCAGGACAGAAGGCAGCAGUGAACCUCCAUGAGCUGUGUGCCAGCAGAGUAUCGGAAAUCCUUCGAAACAAAGUGCACAGAACGGAAGAAGUGAAGGAUGUGGAUUUUUAUGCUUUUUCCUACUAUUACGACCUUGCAGCAAAUGUUGGCCUCAUAGAUGUGGAAAAGGGAGGCAGCCUUGUCGUCGGAGACUUUGAUAUCGCGGCCAAGUAUGUGUGCCGGACGGCGGAGACCCGGCCGCAGGGCAACCCCUUUCUGUGCAUGGACCUCACCUACAUCAGCCUGCUGCUCCAAGAGUUUGGUUUCCCAGAGAACAAAGUGCUGAAGCUGACUCGGAAAAUCAACAAUGUUGAGACCAGCUGGGCUCUGGGGGCCGUCUUUCAUUACAUUGACUCCCUGAGCAGACAGAAGAGUCCAGCCUUGUAGCGGCCAAGCUGCUCCCAGCCAUCCUCACAGAAGCGGCUCCACCUCCGUGAGAACAGACCUUCGUGAGAAUAGACCUUUGUGAAACCCCUUGACAUGUUGGGAGGAAGCCACUGCUCAGGCUGCCACCCCUCUCCCCUUGGCCUUGCAGACCUGCCUCUGGACAGGCAGAGGGCUGCAAUGUGACCCAGGCCCAGCGCCUUCUGCCUUGGCUCCAGGUGGACAGUGAACCAGACAGGCAAAGGCCACAUGCCAAGGCCAGGGUGAUGCAGCCAUGCCAUCCCCCACCUGUCCCUGUCUGCAGGGUUGGAGUGGUUAUAACGUGUUUCUGUGAUAGGAGUCUUGUUUUAUCUCCCUGCCCCUGUCUGGUCUCCUCCCAUCCCCAGGGCAGACCUUCACCUUCUCCCCAGAGACUCAGUGGGGAGGUUGUACAGGCUGUCCUGGCUACUCUCAGGGUGGGCCAAGUGGCAACCACCAUGCCCUCUGGGACAGGGGGUCUGGCAGACUUGAAUGUGUUUGCCUCCUCCUUGGAUGUGGGUGUGUGAGGUCAUCCAGAGGUCGGUUUUUUCAGGUUCUUGGACGGCUUGGAGCUAACUGUCAGAGUUGGCCCUGUGAAUAGGAAGAGGGGCUGGGGGAAAUACCUCUCGUGUGCCCCAGCCCUACAGAGGAGGUCCAAAUGUGAGCGUGAACUGCUUACAAUAUUUAUGGCUGUGCUGUGUGUGACGUCUCCGUCGUGUGUUGCUGAGUGUUCGUGUAGCAACUGUGUUCUGAGCCCCAGUGGAUGUAUCGCUACCAUGAGCCAUUUGCAACUGAGCAGUAUUGAAGACGCACACCACCUCACUGUGGGUCAGGCAGGCUGCAGUCCCUGGGACCGCCUUCUGGCUUUGCUGGGGUGCAGGGCCAUUGCCCAUACCCUGGGAGCUCCACUGGACACUGGCCCACACUCCUACAUUGGGGUGUGAGCUCUGUGAGACCUGGGCCUCAGGGUCACAGUCGUUCCUGCAGUAAAUGUAUGGUACAUGGAAUAAGCUAAACAUCAUGUGUUCCACUCAAAAUAAAGAGUUUAUAAGGUUUUCUGG